AUGAUCGUCAAAGGAAGACUCGGCUUCAGAAGAUUUUGGUCGCUCUUGCCCAACUCGCAGCAAAGCAAUGGGAGCUGCACGUUCAAGCGUUCAAAGGCUGAGCCUGCUUCCAUUUUCAGCAAUGGUUGGGUCCUCCGCGCGCAGCGCCCGCCUGCCUCGCAGCCGCCUCGGCGACCCCGCUCUCAAAUACCCGCCUCAUUCAGCCCUGGAGAGCCGGGGAAGAAGCUCGAGGGCACCCCUCGCCGCCCCUGCACGCUGGCGCGCCCGCUUUUCGCGGCGCCUGGAUGCGCUAGUCUUUGGUGGGCAGGGUGCAGGGGCACCGCCGAGUUGGGUGUCGCGCAGGCAGUGAGGAGGGAGGAGGAGCGGCGGAGCAAGAAGUUCGCACUUAGUCCCGUCAAGACAAGCCGCAACAAAAUCCGCCUCGGUGCGUCGCUCUCGUGCCUCCGCAAGCCGCCAAUCGUGCCGGCUGGUCUCGCGCCCACUCCCGCCAAGGCUGCUUUCGUCGGCGCCGCCCUGGAGGCUGGAUGCCGCGCCGAGCUUGCUGGCGGUGGCCGCACCAACGCUGCCGCACCCCGGGCGAAGAGAUCCUCUCCGCCGCCAGACGGCGACGAUCUCCAGUUCCUCGACCUCCAGCUGGGCCCGGCGUCAACCAACCUCGAAGUUGACGAGUUCCUCCAGCUGCGCGCCGUCCGCCGCCGUGCGCUGCCUGCUGAACGCGCCGCCCGGAGCGCAGAAGCCAAGCUGGCUGAGCUCGUGCGUGCCGCAGCCAAGGCCCUCCUGCCCCCCUCGCGCGGCGAUAUGGGUAUGGAUAUGGACACUUCAGACGAUCCUUCGGCGGCGGCGCGAGCGCCGGAUACGCCGAGCGGCGACAGUGAACUAGAGGAAGCAGCGCCGUCCUUUGUGAAUGGGGAGGGGGAGGACAUGAGCAUGCUGGAUAGUCCAGCGAUGGAUGUCGAUGUCCCAUCAUCUGCGGUCGGCUCUCCCGCUGCAUCCUCACGGCGGUAUACUCCACCUCCAACGCCAAGUGCCAUUAGGACGAGCAAGCGGAAGAGGGCGCUGCGCCUAAGAGUUUGCUCUAUCAUUCAUAACUGGUGUUACGUUCAGCGGAUGAUCGAUACGACCCGUACCCGACUACCAACAAGCGACGUGCGGUCUCCAUCCAUCAGCUUCGCUCGGGACAACCAGCCAUCCUCGUUCACCCCGGUACUCCUCGGCGCCGAGCAGCAAUGGGAUACAUUCAACAUCUCACAGUGCAAGGUUGUGCCAGCGUCUCGUUGCUCGUCCUCUGUCGUCGAUGUAAACGCGUCGCACCCGAGCAGCUUGCUCGCGCCUUGCACCCGCUGUUUGCAGGAGAGGUGCAGCAAUCUCCCCGCUUCACGCAACGGAUCGCUUCGAAGCAUGCUUUCACGAUGCACGUCAUGGAAAAUACUCUUCCAGCUGACGCCGGUGCCCACACCCAUUGUCAGUCUCGCGAUUCUGUCCGCCGUCCUCGGCUACGCGAUCAAGGGCUCCUCCACCCCUCAUCACAGUCGUAUCCUCGCAGCCUCAACAGGCGACGCCCACAUUCGCCUUCCCGCCGGUCAGCGUGUCCAUCAACCAUUCAACCCCGCAACUGAGUCUGAACCCGGCGGCAUCGGGACUCGUUCGGUCGUCUCUGAAGGAUUUCGCCGUGGCCGUGCUCCCUGCGCCACUUGUUGCUUCCACCUCGAGCAGUCAGCCGGCGGCCACGCCAUCUUCCCACCAGGCGGACCCCGUCACCUCCGCAAGUCCAAGGGUACCGCGGACUUGAUGCUCCGUUCGGCGCCCGCGACGUCAGCUGCACACGACAACGGCAAGUCUAGUCUGGCGAUGGUCUCCUCGCAUGCGCGUUACGCUGCGGACGGCGGGAAGGGCAAGGCUGCUGCGUGCGGAGGCGGCACGAUGUUUGCGCUGAGCGCCUGA